GACACCAUUCCACCAGAGUGUGAGGAAGCAGUGAUUCGGUCCUUCUCCGCUGAAACACACCUGAACUCAGACUCUCAUGGUUCCUCCCGCUCUUUCCCUUUUUUUUGCUCUUCCGCCAUUCGCUGAGAGAACGACCUGCUCUGAAUACAAAUGAGCUGCUCUCAUUCUCGCUCAUGCAGACUCUCUCUCUGUCUCUCUCUCGCUCUCUCUCUCUCUCUCUCUCUCUCUCUCUCUCUCUCUCAGUGUCUCUCUCUCCCCCGUUUACCCUGGUCUUAUGCAGCUGCUCUGAAAGACACCGGUAUUGAAGACACCAGUUUGCAGUUAAUGACCUCACAUUCACUGCUUGCAGGGGCGACCUGGGGAGAAUCCGCUGUGCUCCACGCAUGGAGAGAGGGAGAGGGCACGAAGGACUGCCAGGUCAUUCGUGCACUUGUGUGAGUUUUUGCUCCUACGGAGCCGCAGCCUAGAGAAGGAUCAGAGCCACGUUUCCUUUUUGACGAGCGGACGGAGACAACAGGAGAGACAGCACAGAGCAGGAGCUGGAGAUCCGGAACCUGGUUGGCAGGCGCGUCACGCUGGGCAUGGCCUCUGUGUAGGAUACCCCCACGGAGCUGCAGAAGAGUACAGCAGGCUGGUAUUUACGCGGUGCGAGUCGGGCGCCCACGCUCGCGAGAGGGGUCUCCAGGAGCAAGAUGGCUGAAGACAAGCCCAGGGUCAAGACCAGCAGCUCCAUCGUGCCCUGCUUCCUGUUUGUGGAGCUGGUGAUCAUGGCCGGCACCGUGCUCCUGGCAUACUACUUUGAGUACACGGACACCUUCCCCGUCCACAUCCAGGGCUUCUUCUGCUUCGACAGGGCGCUCUCCAAGCCCUACCCAGGACCGGACGAGGGCAGCAAGGUGCCCCCCGUGUUGGUGUACUCACUGGUCACCGCCAUCCCCACUGUCACGAUACUGGCAGGUGAGCUGACUGCAUUCUUCCUCAAGUCUGAUGGAACUCAAGAGAAGACCAUCGUGUCGGCAGAUUGCUGCUACUUCAACCCCCUGCUGCGCAGGAUUGUUCGCAUCCUGGGGGUCUACUCGUUCGGCUUGUUCGCCACGACCAUCUUCGCCAAUGCCGGCCAGGUUGUGACGGGAAACCAGACGCCCCACUUCCUGUCGGCCUGCCGGCCGAACUACACGGCGCUGGGGUGCCAGUCAGCGGCACAGUACAUCACAGAGCGGCGCGCCUGCACUGGGAAUCCACUCAUCGUCGCGACUGCCCGCAAGUCCUUUCCCUCCAAGGAUGCUGCACUCAGCUUCUACUCUGCUGUCUACACGGUGAUGUAUGUUACACUGGUGUUCCAGACCAAAGGCACACGGCUCACCAAGCCCACGAUGUGCCUGACGCUGCUGUCGCUAGCCAUGCUAGUGGGCGUGGUGCGCGUGGCCGAGUAUCGCAACCACUGGGCCGAUGUGUUGGCGGGAUACUUCACUGGCGGUGCCAUCGCCAUCUUCCUGGUGACAUGCGUGGUCAACAACUUCCACCAGACCCGGCCCCCGGCGCCCCCCUCGCGACCGCAGCGCCCGGAGUCCGUGCUGGGAAUGCCCGUGAUGACGUUGCCUUGCGUGGAAAGUCCACUCGAAAAACUCCGCGAUCUCCGUUCACUGAGAUCACAUGACCAUCAGCCUUACAGGUUCCCCGCCACCCCCGAUGUCCUCAUACCGUCUCACUCCAUUUCCAGUCAAGUCUAGACCAGCUGCCCGAGCGCCUCCACCGAUGCUCCACCCACCCUGCGCGCCACCCCCUCCACCGCUCCUACUCCACACAGGUGUAGACCCUGUCUUCUCUUUGCCACGCACGCACAAACACACACACACACACACGCGGCGCUGAAUUCUCUAACAGGUUCCCGCAAGGAUACAAAGCCGAGCAUCACAUUGUCAUGUGAGGUUCUCAAAUUUUCUAGGUAUUGAUCUAGAGAUUUUUUCGUCAGGUUUUAUAAAGCUUUUCAUACAAGUAGAAAGAACACCAGUGUGUUUGCCUCGAGGAAUGUGCGAGCAGUGCACGCAUCACGUGUGUACCGGUACGUCUGUCUUUUCUUACAGCUCCGCUUAGAUUUAGUUCUCGUCUUUUUGCUUGAAUAGUCACACUCAUUGAUUCCCGGGGCUGCGCCUUAGUUCCCUCUUGAUUACAUGGAAGAAGUGGCUAUACGCACGUGCGAUACCGGUGCUUGGCGCACACGCCAAACACACUGCAAAGGAAGCACGCCCUAGGGACCAGCUUAUCGACCAUGUCCAGUCCCUGGGACAACACCCGACCCCCGCCGGUCUCUUUAGAACCCCGUCAUACUACCUGUGUCGGCCGUGCUGUAGAUCCACGAAGAUUAGGAUUUCAGGGAGAGGUCCGUGCGAGGUAGCUCCUCUAGUCUCCCCACUCAAAGCACACGCUUUUACGUGGGAUUUUGUGGAUUUUUUUUCUAACUGGCGGGGAUUUGUACGUUCCAGAGUUCUGAAUUAUGGACAAAUUACAGUUUCAAGGGUCACAUUGUGCAUCACGCCAUCAGUUGUGGAGCGUAGCUUUCAGUUACAUUUCAAGUAACCUUGUGGAUUUUCUUAUAUGUUGUAAAGUGUUCUGUAGCGCCUGCACGGGAGGGACCACAGGAACGACGUUACUGUGCCAUAUGUUGCAGGGGCACUUUGUCUUCUUAUUGUGACCCGGUCAGCACAGCAGUAUCAACACCACGGCCCUUUCACGUGGAACGCAAAAAUCUCAUAUAACCACAUAUUCUGCUAUUGCCUUCAGCUCUGAUGAACUCUGUGUAUAAUGUACAUGUCUGUUAAUUAACGUCUCUGUUAGCAGAUCGUUUAUGACUUUGUUAGCGGGUUUUUCCCUGUAGUAUUUUUUUUUUUUUACAGUUGCAAAGUAGCUGUGUUUACUUUCCUUCCCAUGCAGUCUGUGAAUUGUACUCUUUCUCUCCGCUCUGUCUCCACCGCGGCUCUUGCGCCCGGCGCCGUUUUCGCAUAUUCUGUGCAAAAUGUCUGGCUUUUCUCCGCCCCUCCCCCACAGGGGCCGCCGAAUGCCCAUCUCUGUACAUAGGACUUUUUGGUUUUGAAAUGCGAUUUCACGCGGAUGUCAGAGCACCUGCCCUGGCCGCCUUCCGAUGUCCCCAAACACCAGCACUGCCAGCUGUGUCACCGUUGAACUUCAGUGUAGCGUUUGGUGAGAGGAACCUGCGUUGUGUCUCAGUGGUGUAACACCGGUGGUAUGUCACCCUAACCAACUUGCAUGCAACAGAAGCACCUUGUAUAGUGUGGCAAAGAAGCAGCAAUGUAUAACUUAUGUAGUAUAAUAGCACAGACAAAUUUCUCUAUUUUGUAUAUGUGUACAAGUUGUUCCCAGUGUCACAGGCAACGACAGAGUAGCUCUGUUACUGGAGCCACAAGAAAACUAAGACUAAGACUGCAGUCUCGGGGAGGCACUGAAUUUUUAGAAGUGCAUAAUGAGUGGCGUUGAAGAAAUCUUCCCCCCAGAACCAAUUGGUCGCAGGAGAUCCCUACAAAACACUCCGAUACCUAGACACUUUUCACGACAACAUCGGCCGAUGGGAGAGCCCCAGGCAGCUGGAUGUCUCUCCGAUCGGCUUGCGUUACCUUUUAUUUAUAAGCUCCUACACCGGUCAUCAUAAGGCAUGGCAACACUUUCUAAACUUCCCUUGCGUCCUACGCAAAAGUAAUCCACUCCGAACAAUUUGUCCCUUUUUAAAAAGUGUGUCGGGAUGCAUCCUAAAGGUCAACAAAAUUUCUUUGCGUCUCCUUUCCCUACCAACAUUCUCCAUUGAGUUAAACAGAGCAUGAAGCCAAGGCACAAGAUACAUUUUCCGAACAUAUUAACUAGGACAUAUUAAUCACUUGAACGGUAUUAGCUACUUGAACGUAUUUUCACACCGCGGUGACGUCGCCAUUAAUUCAAUGAGCCUGUUGCGUUUCCGUAGCGAGGUCUUCUCUCCAUAAUCGUUGAUGGAAAGCCACGAGACCCUACGUGUGAAACAAAAAAAAGCAGUAACUUCUGUUCUCCGGGUGUCUUUGGUUGGUUCGAUGAAAAUCCGAGUAACCUGGUGAAACCAAUUACCAUGUUUACAUUAAAAUUGCAGUACAAUCGUUGACUUAGCUGUCAGCAAUCAACGGGUUCUUUUACUAGUCUUUUAUCUGAUAUGAGAUUUGGUAAGGCACCUCUUCCGUAAAUUAUUUACUGCUUCAUCUAUGAAUAAGGGUUCUCUGUUUUGUGUUCGUGUUAAGUUUACCUGGAGAACAUCUUUGCCUUCUUCCACAGAAGAUAGACAGAGGAAACAAAAGUUUUCCAGCUCAUCCAUUUGAGUGGUGUGGCAGGAGGUGUAAUGGCUGGGAUGAUGAAGGGCGAUGCCACUUUUAGUUGUGCGGAGAGUCUCAACUCCAGUCACAUAGCGGAUUGUUUCUCUUGCACCUUAACCAUAAUGCUUCAAAACUCUGUUGCUUUAAUGGGUUUUAUUUGGUGAUGUGAAUUCCAAGGGUUAUGAUGGUGCUGUUUUUGGAUGUUUUUUACUUAGCCAGCCCUUUUUAAGAAUA